UUCCGCUUCCGGCGGCGGGGGCGGCAGUGCCGGGCGUCGCGAUGGCGGCGGGCGGCGGCGACCCGCGGGCGGGCGACGUGGAGGAGGACGCCUCGCAGCUCAUCUUCCCCAAAGAGUUUGAAACAGCUGAGACUCUUCUAAAUUCUGAAGUUCACAUGCUUCUGGAGCAUCGAAAACAGCAGAAUGAGAGUGCAGAAGAUGAACAGGAACUUUCUGAUGUCUUCAUGAAAACUUUAAACUAUACCGCCCGCUUCAGCCGUUUCAAAAAUAGAGAGACUAUUGCCAGUGUUCGUAGCUUGUUGCUCCAGAAAAAACUUCACAAGUUUGAGUUGGCCUGUUUGGCCAAUCUUUGCCCGGAGACUGCUGAAGAGUCCAAGGCCCUGAUCCCAAGUCUGGAGGGGCGAUUUGAAGAUGAGGAACUCCAGCAGAUACUUGAUGAUAUCCAGACUAAGCGCAGCUUUCAAUAUUGAUCUCCUGACAACGUGCUGAAGGAACCGCCACCCUAGUACAGCACUGCCAUCCCAGGGUGUUAGCCGCCAUGCGUGGAAGUUCUAGUGCAGAGGACACUUAGGCUUCCUUUGGAUGAGCAACUUGUCUUGGUCUAGGUCUAGGUUGCUAUUUCAGACUUUCUGAUGGACCAUAAUGACCAUGUAAUUAUGGUGAGGCGAUGUUGUGGUUGCCUGUGGCUUCCUGGUCUCGUCACUGGGGUGAGGUGGGGUGAUGUGCAUAUAAGCUACACUCUUGACUACCUCAUACUGUACUUUUUGGCCCCUGUGUUAUUUUUGAUUCCUAACAUUUCAUAUUUUAAUUUCAGUGUGUUUUCUAAUUUUUGAAAUUGUACUAGAACAUAAUAAGACUGGUAUAGGAUAUAGUCUUACCUAAAUGCAAAAAGAAGAAUUAAACCACAUCGGUAUCAUUGUUUGAAAUUCUUAAGGGAUGAUGAUUUUAAUGACUGAGAAACCCUUGGCAUCAUCAUACUUUACCUCAGCAGAUUGGGGAAAAGCCUGUUAUGGAAAGCAGUUAGAUGUGGAGAUAAAUGUAUUGUAGGGGCCAAGCCUUGAGUUUGACAGGUACUUUGCCUUUUUCCUUAGACUAUUACUAAAUGUAGAUUUGGAGUAAAUAAUCCUAAAGCACUUAUUUUGUCACUCCCAAAUUAAGACUCCUUUGCAGGCCAGACACAAAGAUCUUUGAAGGACCUUCAUGUGAAGCUUCGUGUCUGAACCUCUGGUUUGCUGCUUACAUCAGGUGUUCUGUGAUUGAUUUGGAAGAAGAGAACCUGCCUCUUCCUGAGUCACUUCAUUGAAGUCAUGUGAUCUGAGGCUAGCUGAGGGAAACACUUUAGAUAAACAUUAUCUUUUAUUUUUUCAAACAGGAAAUAGGCCUUUACUCUUCACAUCUUUGUGCUUUGUGCUUAGAAGAACACCUUUGGCUCCAAAUACAUUCAUGAUUCAAGUGAAAAGUUGGGGAAAGAACAACAUUGGCUUUUUUUAUGUCAACUGCUGACUAAGGCAAAAAUAAAAUAUUUUUAUAAAUUAUUUCAGUAUCUGAAAUAAGAUUUCUAAAUCACCAGUGUCCUUAAUAUUUGAAGGAAAUAAUCUUUGUGUCCUUAGGCAGCCUCAUUUCUUUGAUACUUUCCAGUGUUAUCAAUUGAAAAAUGUGGGUAACAGGGCCUCCCUGGUGGUGCAGGGGGUUAAGACACAGCCUGUGAAGGUGUCCACAGCCACUGCAGCACUAGUUCUAUCCCCGGCAGGCCAUGGGGCAACUCACAUGGUGCAGCAGACCUCCCCUGCCUCCCCCAUUGCUCCCCUCAGCAGUGUAUUUCAGUAGAUCUGCCUGUUCUGCUCCCUAUUCUGUCUCUGGUGAAUCCUCUCACCACCCCCCCCCAUUUAACAUUAACCUCUGGCCUGUACCCCAGCUCUUGUAUGCAUAAAUGAAUAAAAUCUAAAAGAAAAAAGAAAAAUGUGGGUAACAAAAGUGUCUAUUCCAUAGAUUUUUUUGUUUUCAUUGACUUAACAUUGCAUUGUAACAGGUUUCAGGCGCGCAUCUUUAAAAAUCAGCAUGUGUAUAUAUACUGCAUUAAGUGGACCACUGAAAGUCCAGUUUCGUCUUUCAUCAUAUAAUUGACUCUAUUUCAUUUAUGAAACAGAUGU